AUGCCUUUUGGCGGGAAGCUCUUGAUUUCUCCUGCCGUCUCAUCAAGCAGGCGAUUUUUGCCAUCAAGAACUCUGGCACGUCUCCUUCUGGUCAGCCUGCACACACGAUGGCACUCGACCAUCACACAACUGGCAGCAUCUGCCUACGGUGCUGGCACCACCGAGACGGUGUACGCUUGCUUGGAGCAAGUACGAACGCACUACGCUCCGGAGGCUGCUACCCUUCGCGCCAAGCUAGAUGCAAGAUUACAUCAAUUGCAAUGCGCAAGUUGGUCGGUGGCCGACAUCAAGAAGUUGAUUGUCUCUAUGCAAGAGAUUUUCGAUGAAGCACGACAAAGCGGUCGCGAUAUGGACAAAGACACACAAGGAAUGCAGCAGCAUUUCUUCCGGGCACUCCCAAAGACGGAGAUGAGUGUCUCGUUCUACCACUCUGCCAAGGCCAAGGUAUUUGAGUCGAACGCGGUGGCAACGGCGCUCAUCAUCGGGUCCAGGCCUGUGCACGCCAACGUGGUCCAACGCACAUACCAGACACCUGUCGAGGUUGAAGGCAAGGGGUGGAGGCACAUGAAUGGUUUGUUCUGCGAGGACAAUGGCCACUCCGUACAAGAGUGCCACCAUAACGCCAAGGGCACCAAUUUUAAGAAGACAGGUAGCAAAUUUCUCUCUCGUUACCCAGCCGCAGUGCUUCUUCGUGUCUCGCCUGUUCCGCUCCCACACCACGGCUGCCCCUGA